CAUCGUGGAUUUGAUUGUAAUCCGCGGUCGAGGUUCUCUUCUAAUGCGCGACGCUUUGUCGCGUCGAUCACCUCACAAUUAGGCACAUUUUGAGAAGAAAGUGUGAGGAAAAGUCAUCGCGAACGUCACCAGAUGACUGAGUAGUGGGGUGUUGUGAAAGCUCUAAAAUCUCAACUUGCAAAUCUUUACAAAGAAAUAUGAACUGAGUCGAAAGGUAAGGGUGUUAUCUUGCUUGUAGUGUACAAAUCGUGUAGGUAGAUGUUUUUUCACGGCGCACUUUGGGGCUGAAACGCGGAAGAGAAAACACAAAUUUCGUUCGAGUGGAGAGCUGCGGCUGGUUGAGUCUCUCCGGUUCUCAUGUGCCUUCCAAGCCCCGCCUCCGACUCUCCAGCUGACAGCUCGUCUACAAAAAAACUGACAGCUCGUUACGAACGAGAGACGCGAGAUAGCGAUCAUGGCAGAGAAAGCACCAGCGAGCAAACGGCCCAGCAUCUCCAAGAUGAUCUUGGAGGUGAUGGCGGAGUCCAAGGAGCGCAAAGGCAUGUCGGUGGCCGCGCUCAAGAAAGUUCUGGCGCUCAAAGGGGUGGACGUGCCGAAGCUCAACAAGCGCAUCAACGACUCCCUGGUUCGCCUGGAGAAGAGGGGAGCCCUGACCCAAGUCAAGGGAGCUGGCGCUUCUGGUUCCUUCAAAGUGACAAAGGGGAAACCUGCCCCCAAGACCAAAUCACCCAAGAAGACGAGCUCCGUUGGGUUGAAAUCCAUCCAGAAGGUUGGCAGACCCAAGAAGCCGACGCCCUCUUCCAAGAAACGGAACUCUCUGACAUCCGUCAAGAAAUAUGUCAAGCCCAAGCAGAAACCCAUGGCUAAGAAAUCGGAGACUUCAGCUCGUCCCAGGAAGUCCAAUGCCACUGCUAAACCUAAACAGAAGCUUAAAAUAAAACCAACACAGGCUAAAUUAACGAAGAAACCUACUGGGAAGAAAGGCACAGCAACCAAGAAACCAACAGUUAGAAAGACUCGGAAGUGAGCUGUCAACUCGGAUACAUAAUCAAACUAAAAGGCUCUUUUCAGAGCCAUUACCACAGCCACUUGAGAGCACUUCCUGACUCGUUUAAACUCGGACGGUCAGCAAACUUUUUGAA